ACCAACGCCCCGCGGAGCCGACCGUGGCGGCUGGCGGGAGAGCAAGGUCGGGACCCCCGCGCGCUCCAAGGGAAGCCAGCCUUAAUGUGAUAGAAACACCCUUGAACUUGUCAUCCAAAAGACAAAGGCUUGAGUUUCAGCUCUUAGUUUUGCGGUGACCUUGGAGCCAGAAUUCACAAUGACAACAGUAACAGGGACCACAGAGGUCCCCCCAAUGGGUAAAAGAGAAGAUAAUUCUGCCUUGUAUGAGUUCACAUCAGCUCACGUUAUUGAAGAAACCGAAUAUGUGAGAAAGAUCCGAACUACUCUGGAAAAGAUCCGAAAUCAAGCUUUUAAAGAUGAAGUAGGACAUAACAGUACACAUCACAAACUAGAAACAAAGCACUGUCGAAACAUUCAAAAUGGCUCUGAUUCUGAAAUGGACCCCUCUUGUUGCAGUUUGGAUCUGCUCAUGGAAAGGAUGAAAGGAAAAGAACAGCAGAUCUUAGAAAUGAACAAAGAAAAUGAAGUAUUGAAAAUCAAGCUGGAAGCCUCCAGACAGGCAGGAGCAGUGGCUCUGAGAAACGUGGCCCAGAGAUUAUUUGAAAUCUACCAAACACAGUCUGAAGAAGUUAGAAAGAAGCAUGAGGAUGGUAAACACUUACUCGAGGUUAACAGACUCGAAAAGGAACAGCAGUUGAAGCAACAUGUUGAAAGUCUGAAUCAAGUUGCUGAAAAGCUUGAAGAAAAACAUAAUCAAAUCACAGAGCUGGAGAACCUUGUACAGAGGAUGGAAAGGGAAAAGAAAACACUGCUAGAAAAAAAACUGUCUUUGGAAAACAAGCUGCUGCAACUCAAAUCCAAUGCUACAUAUGCUGAAAGUUGCCACAAUCUUCAGGCGGAGAUUUCCCUUCUCCAGGAGCAGAUCUCUCAUCUACAGUUUGUGAUUCAUUCCCAACAUCAGAACCUGCGCAGUGUCAUCCACGAGAUGGAAGGAUUAAAAAAUAAUUUAAAAGAACAAGAUAAAAGAAUUGAAAAUCUGAAAGAAAAAGUUAACAUACUUGAAGCCCAGAAUAAAGAACUAAAAACCAAGGUGGCGCUUUGGUCUGAAACGCCUAGGACAACAGUAUCUAAGGCUGUCUCUACAAGUGAAUUGAAGACUGUCGACACUACGCCCUAUUUGAUGUUGAUUAGGCUCCGGAAAUGAGCUGACUGGCUGAAGAUCUGAAUGAGAAAGAUUGCUACGUGGGUCUUAUUUAUUCCUUGAAACACAGCCUAAACUUGCAUGUUGAAAUGGCUCGAUGCCAGCAUUCAAUGUAUACAUCAACAGCUUUGCAGGAAGACGACAUUCCAGAAAAUCAAACGAAUAUAUAUUCAAGGGAAGGAACUCUUUCUUCAGAACUUAAUGAAAUGGGUGAAGAGACCAGGGGCUUUCAAUGGAAAAUGAGUUUUGCUUUAAAUUUAAAGAUCUGAAUCUUUCUUGCAGAUUUUUGCUGAAGGGAGUGGUUUAAGGUUGUUGACAGUGACUUUUUGA